AUGCCGCCUCCUUGUCUUUUUCUCCUCUCCCUGAUCCAUGUCCCCUCCCCACCGUCCCCGUCAGAGGAGGGCCCAGUGAUCGACCUGCUGCGAUUCAUCUACACGGGCGACAUGGCAGAGGGUAGCAGCGACCCACAAGACAUCAUCAAGAUGUACCUCGUGGCAGACAAGUUCGGCGUCGCCUCCUACAUGAAGAUCUGCCUCGAGCGCCUCGUAAACCUCCCCAUGACCGUCCCCACCGCCCGCCUCUUCCUCUCCCUCCCCGACUCCAUGCACUCGCAUAGGGGAGUCGCGCAGCUGUUGGAAGCUUCCCGAGGGAUCCUGGUGGCGCAUUUUAGAGAUCUGGAGCGGGUGCAUAAGGGGGAGGAGUUUCUAGAGCUGCCGCGCGAAGCUGUGCGUCUGGCAGAGCAUGUGCGGUUUCCGCUCAUGACAGGGGAUGACCUCGAGCACGUGGUGUUGUGUCCCACCAUUGAGUAUUUAUGCCCUCUUCUCAUUCCACCACACUACACCACCCACCACUGCAGGCAGGCAGCAGUGCGUCUGGCGGAGCACGUGCGGUUCCCGCUCAUGACAGGGGAUGACCUCGAGGACGUAGUGCUCAAGGCACCAGAGAUGCUUGACAUUCACCUGCACUUGGAGAACAGCCACGGCGUGCAGCCGGAGAUCCAUGUAACACCUAAGGCCCAGGCAUGGCUCAUUCGCAACCUCAUACCGCACUGGGGAGGGGAUGAUGGCACUGAGACGCUUGACAUUCACCUGCACUUGGAGAACAGCCACGGCGUGCAGCCGGAGAUCCAGGGUUUUUCUUCACCUCCUUCCCUGCUUCCUUCGCCCCCCCACUUCCUCCAACCCCUUCCAUCUCACUCCCCCUCCACCCCUCCCCUCCCAUUCCCCCCGACCCCCCUUCUCUUUGUUCCCCUGCUAUCCCACGUGAGCUUCAUAUUCUAUGCCAAGAGGUGGCUGGAAGCUUCAUAUUUUUACGCCAAGAGGUGGCCCGAGGGCCAGUUCAACUACCUGCGCGACCGCGUGACCAAGGGGUUUGGCCACAAAGCGAGCAACUGGGGGUACAGCAAAAUUUCUUCUCCUCUUCCCUCUCCCCCCCUCUUUUUACAUUAA